AUGAAAGAUGAGAUUGCUCCUAAUGAAUAUUUUAGAAAUUUAUGGGAGAACUUAUUAAAGUCUGAACAGAAUAAUAUAUGCAGUUUAAUUGAAUCAUUAGAUAAUAAGAAAUUUCAAGAAGAUGUAUGGUAUAGAAAGUCAGGUAAAAAUAAAAAUUUGGGUGGUGGAAUUACAAGAAUUUUAGAAGAUGGAAAUAUUUUUGAAAAAUGUUCUGUAAAUUAUUCUUGUAUCUUUGGAGCUAUAGAUAAAGAAUCAGCUAAACAGAUGUGUGUAAAUCAUUAUAAUAAAGAAUUUAUAAAUACUACAAAAAUAUGUCAUUCUGAUGAUAUCAAUAUUUUAAUUUCAAGAGUUUUAAAUUCUCAUAAUAUUAGAAUAAUUAAUGAAAAAUAUAAAUUUUAUGCAUCAGGUAUAUCUAUUAUAGCUCACCCAGUUAAUCCAAAUGUACCUACUAUUCAUAUGAAUUUUAGAUUUUUUCAAAUUUUUAUAAAAACAGGAAAAAAAAAAAAAAAAUUUAAUAACCCAAACAAUAAUAAUAAUAAUAGUAAUAAUAAUAGUAAUUAUAAUAAUAAUAAUAAUAAUUUUGUAAAAAACAAAAUUGAUAAUAAUUAUAAAAGUAUUAAACACUGGUUUGGUGGAGGAUGUGAUUUAAGCCCUUGUUAUAUUUUUACAGAUUUAUUUACUGAAUUUCAUAAUUCUUUUAAAUUAGUCUGUGAUAAAUAUAAUCAUUUAUUUUAUAGACAUUUUAAAAUAUGGUGUGAUUUAUAUUUUAGAAUUAAACAUCGAAAUAUAAAUAGAGGUAUUGGAGGCAUUUUUUUCGAUAAUUUAUUGAAUAAUGUUAUAAAAAAUAAAAAGCUUGUAAGGAGUGGAAAAUUAAAAGAUAUAAAUAAAAAAAACGUAAAUGAAUCAACUCUCAAUAAUAAUAAUAAUAUGAAAGAUUGUAAAUGUUAUAGUUGUAAUAAUAUUAUGGAUAAAAGUUAUCGCAUGAUAUAUUUUUUUAUUCAAGAAUGUAUUAUAAAUUUUAGAAAAGCAUAUCUACAUAUUUUACUUGAAACUAUUAAUUUUAAAUAUGAUGAUAAUAUGAUAAAAUGGCAAAGAGUUUGUAGAGGAAGAUAUGUAGAAUUCAACUUGUUAUAUGAUAGAGGUACUAAAUUUGGUAUUGAAUUAAAUAAAUUUAAAAUUUAUAGACGUAAAAAAAAACAAAAAAAACUUGAAAAUUAUUCUUCUACUAAUUUUAUAAAAGAUGAAGUCUUUGAUGAACAAGUCUCAGACUAUCUAUCAGAUGAACAUGAAAAAAUUGAUAACGUAUUCUCAUCAUUACCUUUAAAAUGUGAUUUCCAAUAUAAAUAUAAAAUUGAAAAAUAUUCAAGAGAAUAUGAAACACUAGAAAUUUUAAAGCACCCAAAAAAGUGGGUAGACUACUAA